CGCUGGCCGUGCAGGGGGACAAACCGGGCGGACCGGAGGGGGAACCGGCGGCAUGGGACAACCGGACAUUAUCGCAGGUCGCCAUAAUAUAUCGCUCUAUGUAUCAACCACCGCCACCAAUACUGCCGGCAUUAACCCCCUCACUGCCAGCAUUAACCCCCUCACUGCCAUCAAUACUGCCGGCAUUAACCCCCUCACUGCCAGCAUUAACCCCCUCACUGCCAUCAAUACUGCCAGCAUUAACCCCCUCACUGCCAUCAAUACUGCCGGCAUUAACCCCCUCACUGCCGGCAUUAACCCCCUCACCGCCAUCAAUACUGCCGGCAUUAACCCCCUCACUGCCGGCAUUAACCCCCUCACCGCCAUCAAUAUCUGCUGGUAUUAACCUCUACUGCCGGUAUAACCUCACGCUAUCAAUACUGCUGGCAUAACUCUCACUGUUAAUAAUACUGCUGGCAUACCCUCUACUGCCGGUAUUAACCUUACCGCUAAUAAUACUGCUGGCAUUAACCUCACGCUAUCAAUACUGCCAGCAUAACUCUACUGCUAUCAAUACGCCGGUAUUAACCUCUACUAAGCAAAGUAUUAACCUUUACUGUUAUCAUUACUGCUGGUAUAAUUUACCGUUAGCAAUACUGCUGUAUAACCUUCUCACGCCGGUAUUAACCCUCACUGCCAUCAAUACUGCCGGUAUUAACCUCACGCUGUGCGGCUACUGUUGUAUUAACCUCUACUGCCAGUAUUAACCUCUUUACUGCUACCAAUACUGCCAGUAUUAACCCUCACUGCUACAGUAUUAACCUCUACUGCUAAUAAUACUGCUGCAUAACUCCCUACUGCUAGCAUAAUUUUACUGCUAUCACACACAUUGCCGGUAUUAACUUACUGCUAAUAAUACUGCCAGUAUUAACUUCACUGCUGGUAUAACUCCUACUGCUAAUAAUACUGCCGGUAUUGCCAAUCCCUUACCGCUAGCAAUACUGCUGGUAUUAACCCUACUGCCAGUAUUAACCCUCAUUGUUACCAAUACGCCAGUAUUAACCCUACUGCCAGUAUAACCCUCACUGCUGAGUCAAUACUGCUGGCAUUAACUCCCUCAAUGCUGUGCAUAACCCUCACUACAGUCAAUACUGCCGGUAUUAACCCUCAUCAAGCAGCAUUAACCCUCACUGCUAUCAAUACUGCCGGUAUUAACCCCUAACUGCCAGCAUAACUUCUCACUGCCAAUAAUACUGCCGGCAUUAACCCUCACUGUUGCCCAAUACUGCCGGCAUUAACCCCUCACUGCCAGUAUUAACCCUCACUGCCAUCAAUACUGCCGGUAUUAACCCUCACUGCCGGUAUUAACUCUCACUGCCAUCAAUACGCCGGCAUAACCCUCACUGCCGGCAUUAACCCCUACUGCCAUCAAUACUGCGGGCAUAACCCUUUCACUGCCGGUAUUAACCUCACGCUUACCAAUACCAGCAUUAACCCCUACUGCCGACAUUAUUAACCUCAUUGCCAUCAAUACUGCCGGCAUCCCUCUUACCGCCGGUAUUAACCCCUCACGUUAUCAAUAAUGCCGGUAUUAACCCUCACUGCCGGUAUUAACCCUCACUGCUAUCAACAAUACUGCCGGCAUUAACCCCUCACUGCCAGCAUUAACCUCACCGCUAUCAAUACUGCCGGCAUAACCCUCACUGCCAUCAAUACUGCUGGCAUAACCCCUCACUGCCAGUAUAUUAACCCUCACUGCCAUCAAUACUGCCGGCAUUAACCCCCUCACUGCCAGCAUUAACCCUGAUCAAGCACAAUACUGCCAAGUACAACCCCUCACUGCCACCAAUACUGCCGACCUUAACUCCCUCACUGCCGCAUUAACCCUCACUAAACAUCAAUACCGCUGUGCAUUAACCCUCACCGCCGUAUUAACUCCCCUCACCGCCAUCAUUACUGCCGCAUUAACCCUACCGCUAUCAAUACCGCCAGUAUUAACCUCACUGCCACUUCAAUUCCUGCUGGCAUUAACUCCUCACUGCCAUCAAUACUGCCGUGCAUUAACCUCUCACUGCCGCAUUAACCCUCUCACUGCCAUCAAUACUGCUGCAUUAACCCUCACUGCCAGUAUUAACUCCCUCUCACCGCUUAUCAAUAUCGCCGCAUUAACCUCUCACUGCCGGUAUUAACCCCUCAUCACAAUACUGCCGUAUUAACCUCACUGCCGGUAUUAACCCUCACUGCCAAUAAUAGCUCGCCGCAUAACCCCACCGCUGGCAUUAACCCCCUCACUGCCAUCAAUACUGCCGCAUAAUCCCCUCUACUGCCGGCAUUAACCCCUUUAUCACUGCCAUCAAUACUGCCGCAUUAACCCCCUACCGCCAGCAUUAACCCCUCACCGCUACCAAUACUCGCCAGUAUUAACCCCUACCGCCGCAUUAACCCCACCGCUAACAAUACUGCCAGUAUUAACCCUCACGGCUAUCAAUACUGCCGGCAUUAACCCUCUCUACUGCUGUGUAUUAACCUCUGACUGCUAUCAAUUACUCGCCAGUAUUAACCUCACUGCCAUCAAUACCGCCGAAUUAACUCUACUGCCGCAUUAACCCUCACUGCCAUCAAUACUGCUGUGCAUUAACCCCUUACUCGCCGUGAGCCACCCUAAUGCCAUCAAUAUCGCCGCAUUAACUCUACUGCUAAUACUACUGCCAGCAUUAACCCCCUCACUGCCAUCAAUUCUGCUGCAUAAUCCCCUCACUGCUAUCAAUACUGCCGUAUUAACCCUCUACUGCCGCAUUAACCUUCACUGCCAAUACUGCCGUAUUAACCCCUCUCACUGCCGUAUUAACCCUCACCGCUAUCAAUACUGCUGGCAUAACCCACCGCCGGUAUUAACCUCUACCGCUUACACAAUACUGCCGCAUUAACCCCUCACUGGCCGGUAUUAACCUCACCGCCAUCAAUACUGCCGGGCAUAACCCUCACUGCUGGUGCAUUAACCCCACCGCCAUCAAUAAUGCCGCAUUAACCUCUACCGCCGCAUUAACCCUCACUGCCAUCAAUACUGCCGCAUUAACCUCACUGCCAGCAUUAACCUCACUGCUACCGCUGGCAUUAACCCCUCUACCGCCGGCAUUAACCCCCACUGCCAUCAAUACGCCGCAUUAACUCUCUACUGCCGUAUUAACCCUCACUGCCAUCAAUAUCGCCGGUAUUAACUCUACUGCCAGCAUUAACCCCACCGCCAUCACUCGCUGCGCAUUAACCUCUCACUGCCAUCAAUAUUCGCCGCAUUAACUUUACCGCUAAUAAUACUCGCCGUAUUAACCUCACUGCCGGGUAUUAACCUCUCACUGCUACCAAUACCGUAUUAACUCCCCUCACUGCCAGUAUUAACCUCACUGCUAUCAAUACCGCCAGUAUUAACCCCCUACCGCCAGCAUUAACCUCACUGCUAAUAAUACCGCCGCAUUAACCCUCUUACCGCCAGUAUUAACCCUCACUGCCAUCAAUACCGCUGUGCAUUAAUUUCACUGCCAUCAAUACCGCCGGCAUAACCCCUCUACUGCCAGUAUUAACCUCACCGCUACAUCAAUACUGCCAGCAUUAACCCUCACUGCUAACAAUACCGCCGUAUUAACCCUCACUGCUAUCAAUACUGCCGUAUUAACCCUCUACCGCUGUGCAUUAACCCUCACUGCUAACAAUACUGCCAGCAUUAACUCCCCACUGCCAGUAUUAACCCCUCACUGUCAUCAAUACUGCUGCAGGCUGUUCCCUCACUGCCAGUAUAACCUCUACUGCCAUCAAUACUGCCGUAUAACUCUCACUAUCAAUACGCGUAACCUCACUGCCAGUAUUAACCCUCACUGCGCUACCAAAAUCCGCUGCCAGUAUUAACCUUCACUGCUAAUAAUACUGCCGCAUAAUCUCACUGCCAUCAAUACUGCCAGCAUUAACCCUCUUACCGCUAUCAAUACCGCUAAAGUAUUAACCUCACUGCUAUCAAUACUGCCGCAUUAACUUCACUGCCAUCAAUACCGCCGAAUUAACCCCUCACUGCCAGCAUUAACCCCUCACUGCCAUCAAUACUGCCAGUAUUAACCCCUCACUGCCGCAGACAACCACCUUUCACUGCCAUCAAUACUGCCGGUAUUAACCCCCCACUGCUGUGCAUUAACCCACCUCAUCAUUAACCCCUUACUGCCAUCAAUACUGCCGGUAUUAACCCCCACCGCCAGCAUCAACCCCUCACUGCCAUCAAUACCGCCGCGUAAUUAACCCCCUCACUGCCAGCAUCAACCCCCUCACUGCCAUCAAUACUGCCGGCAUUAACCCCCUCACUGCCAGCAUUAACCCCUCACUGCCGGCAUUAACCCCCUCACUGCCAGUACUGCCAGCAUUAACCCCCUCACUGCCAGUACUGCCAGCAUUAAGCCCCUCACUGCCAGCCCCUGCAUACUGUCAGCAUUAACCUCCUCACUGCCAGCCCCUGCAUACUGUCAGCAUUAACCCCCUCACUUCCAGCUCCGGCAUACUGUCAGCAUUAACCCCCUCACUGCCAGCUCCGGCAUACUGUCAGACUGAGGACAUUAACCCCCUCACUACCAACCCCAGCAUACUGUCAGCAUUAACCCUCUCACUGCCAGCCCCUGCAUACUUUCAGCAUUAACCCCCUCACUACCAGCCCCUGCAUACUGUCAGCAUUAACCCCCUCACUGCCAGCUCCGGCAUACUGUCAGACUGAGGACAUUAACCCCUCACUACCAACCCCAGCAUACUGUCAGCAUUAACCCUCUCACUGCAGCCCCUGCAUACUGUCAGCAUUAACCCCCUCACUGUCAGACUCAGAACAUUAACCUUCUCACUGCCAGCCCCGGUAUAUUUUCAGAGUGAAGGGGUUUAUGUCCUCACAUUGACAACAUGCAAUGGCUGGCAGUGAGUGGGUUAAUGCUGGCAAUAUGCCAGGGCUGGAAGUGAGGGGGUUAAUGUCAUCAGCCUGACAGUAUGCCGGAGCUGGCAGCGAGGGGGUUAAUGAUGACAGUAUGCAGGGGCUGGUAGUGAGGGGUUAAUGCUGACAGUAUGCAGGGGCUGGCAGUGAUUGGAUAAUGCUGACAUGCUCAAAGUGAUGCACAUAUAGUUUAUUCACUUCCUUCUAAUGAAACCAUUAUAACCAGGGUCAGAUCACCUGUUUAAUUAAACUUUGAUGACAAACAGAACCUGAUCUGCGUGUGUUUAAUGUUAACAGCUGUUUGAGAUAAAUAUCCUCUAUCCCUGAAUGGAAGGCACUUAAAUAAUGUGUUUAGACAAAAUGGUUUGGUAGAACACAAUAUAAACAUCUAAUUCUUUGAUGAAAGGCAUGUCCAUUUGGUUCUAACAAGGAUUAUAUUCAUCCACUAUUGUAUCCACAUUAUGGCUGCUGUCCCAGAGCUGUAUGCUAUUGUAUGUUAUAAAGAAUUACGGUAGAUUAUUUACCCAUCAGUCAUUACACUUUCCAAUAAAGGUUAAAAUAUAAAUGCAAUAAUAGAAGGCAUUGAACAGGGCUGGUAUAAUAUAAAAUAAGACUUUAAUUCCAUGUACACUUUAUAUAUCUCUAAAUAAUUAUUAACCCUUAACAAUAGGCGCUGUAGUAGUUAUGGUGUUAUAAGUGUUCCUUUAAUACACAUACAGAUAUCUAAGACAGUUCCUGAUUUCACAGUCCAUCACGGAUGGAUAAUCAGAGCGCAAGAAUUAUUAUUUAUAAUGCAUUACCUAUAUUUAUUAUAAUAUUAUAAUUAUAUAAAAUAUAAUAAGUUAAAUGAGUCAGGUUUGAACCAUAAACCAUAAUAAUGGUAUACUUAACAUAGAUUUCUUUCUCGAGUUUCCUGUGACUCAGUUUACAUGUAGACAGCAGUAAAUUCAUUUUAUAUUUGACAAGUCACCCAGGGGACCACAUCUAAAGGAAGUGAGACUCAAUAAAUUUAUCAGGGUACCCACGUCUAAUUGGCGUUGUUCAUACACCCGAUCUUGGGAUAUCCAUCAUUCCAGCGCCAAUUGUGAUGGAGGACUUUUCAUCCAACAUCCAGUCUGGCUCAUACUUAUUUUGUUGCUACUCUGUUCUUCUAUGACCUCGUCCUGUUCCUCGACCAUUCUGUUUCUGUAUAUUACUUUAAGCCCAGCUACCUCUAAGGACCGGGAAUGUGUCCUAUGUACUCUUCUCUCUUUGCAUGUUGUGACUCUUUACCAUCUUGACAAAAUGUAACUGCAUGACCAAAAUAAUAAUUCUACAGUUUGUGGAGGUGUUAUCCCUUUAUGGCUCCCAAUGUUCUUCUGUAAUCGGAGCGCAUAGGCUGUGGACAACGCAUUUUGUGGCAAUGCGAUCUCCCUUUUCUGUGACUCCAUCAGAACAUUUAUAAAGCUUGCCAGGGCUGAUGUUCUUUUGGUAUUAAGAAAGAUAAAACGCACUUUCUAUCCAUCCCUCCUACACAGGGCCCAUAUCCAAAUUCAGGGACACAAUAUAGAGAUUUGUAUUUAAUGAAAUAGACACUGAAAUGAAGUCUGUGUUAUCACACCUUAGUACAGAUCUCUGUGGUUGUAUUGUGGCAGGUUGAGACAUGUACAUUCUCCUUCUGUACACUGUUACGGUAUAUAUUGGUGUAUAUUUAGAAAACUGGGGAGACUAGAUGGGCCAAAUGGUUCUUAUCUGCCAUUACAUUCUAUGUUUCUAUGUUACGGUUAGAUUUGUAACUCUUUCAUGUGGGACUUUGAAUCCGUGAAUACACAUUUCUCCCAUGUCAGUCUACUGUCACUUUCUCUGUGGUUUUUCGCGUUUUGUUAAUUUUAAACAGUAUUAUAACUUAGUUUCUCUGUCCACCAAUCUUUAGGUUCCUAUGCGAGUCUUUCGUGGACACACCAAGGCUGUGAACUGCUGUCAUUUCUGCUUUGAGGAUUCAAAAUUCAUAUCAUCUUCCCACGACUGUACAGCAAAGUUAUGGGUACGUUAUAGGGCAAAGUGUAUUGACCGCUUCACUAACAUAGCAACAGUCAUUAACAAGUACUGUAGUAUAGUCAUGGCUAAGCGUGACACUCCAGAUGUUUGUGAAAUACAUCUCACACAAUGCUUAGCCAGCCUUAAGGCAAACAUCGGGGUUGCCCAUCAUUAGAUAGUUCUACCAAGUUUCCCCAGAUGGAGGGUUUAUGAAUAUAAAUCUGGACGUGGUUCUUAAGCUCUGCUUAGGGUCAAGUUGAAUUUAGCGAAUAUAUGAGGUGAUCAUAUUUUGUGGUUGUUGAUAGAGAAUGUUCACCUCUUAGAUACUCUUGUACCAAGUUUGUCCAAGAUAAAAUUUGUAAGAAAUGCUUUUCCCUAUCCUGGAACAACUAAAUGUUUAAGAUUGACUAAGUUCUGGUACAAUGGCAAUAUGAAGAGGAAACUCAAUAUAAAUUUGUUAUCAAACAAUAAUUAACCAUUCUUUCUUUUUUUAGGAUAUUUCCUCGGGGAGAGUGAUCCAUGUCUAUGGAAACGAACACACAGCUCUAAUCUCCGAGUGCACUUUAACAUCUGACAAUGAAAGGUGACAUGAUGGAUUCUACAGGUUGUGUUGGGUGGGUUAGGCUGUUUUGUACUCUUCUGUGAAGAGUAUAGAUUUCUUGAUUCCACACUUUGCCUUUAUCAUCUAUUGUUUACAAAUAGUGGUAAUUGGAAUUAUAAAUCUAUAAGAAAAGUUCUCAGUUAGAAUGCCAUUUUUUUUUUAAUAUAAAUGUGCAAUAUAAAAUGUUCUUACAUUAAAGCAAUGUUACAAAUUCUGUAAUGUUUGCUUUUUUUCUAGAAUGAUGACAUCGUCCUACGACAAGACAGUAAAAUGCUGGGACUUGCACACUGGGAAGGUGCUGGUAUGUUUCAUGUUCCUCUUGACCACUGGCUAACACACAAACCUUUAUCCUGAAAGUGCAGUAUCACUUUUAAAGGGACACUAUAAUCACCUGAACAACGUUAGCUUAAUGAAGCAGUUUUGGUGUAUAGAACAUGCCCCUGCAGCCUCACUGCUCAAUCUUCUGCCAUUUAGGAGUUAAAUCCCUUUGUUUAUGAACCCUAGUCACACCUCCCUGCAUGUGACUUGCACAGCCAUCCAUAAACACUUCCUGUAAAGAGAGCCCUAUUUAGGCUUUCUUUAUUGCAAGUUCUGUUUAAUUAAGAUUGUCUUAUCCCCUGCUAUGUUAAUAGCUUGCUAGACCCUGCAAGAGCCUCCUGUGUGUGAUUAAAGUUCAAUUUAGAGAUUGAGAUACAAUUAUUUAAGGUAAAUUACAUCUGUUUGAAAGUGAAAACCAGUUGUUUUUUUCAUGCAGGCUGCUGCUGCAGGGGAAUGAUCUAUACACUAAAACUGCUUUAUUUAGCUAAAGUAAUUUAGGUGACUAUAGUGUUCCUUUAAUCCGCUUGCAGCGUCCGACUGAUGUAUAGAACACUUGGACUUGUAAUGGCUGCUAAAAUGGCAUUUUCUAUUUCAUUCAUGUAUUUACAAGUCCAGGGACUGGCGUUCGUUCUGUAAGUUAAUGAAACAAUUAAGUUGCCGUGUUACUGAUUUCAUAAUUAUAAUUGCACCAUGUGGCCCUAUGCUCAGUGAAUAAUAAUAAUAACAAGGUAUUUAACCAGGAAAGGCACAGAUUACUCCGGUUUUCAAGUACGUCCUCGGGAUGUUACCUUAGCCCAACAUCCAUGGGUUGUUACUAUUACCCAAUUUAAUGGUAUUCAUUGCACAAUGCAGCCUAAUUAGGUAAAAAUAAUUGAUCAUCACUGUGUUCAGAACUGAAUCUUUUCUUGUUUAGCAAGUAGAAGAGAUUUGCCUUUAAUUACUUGUUUAAUUGUAAUCUUUUCUUCAAUAAGUUCUCUAAAGAUAUAGAGUUUAUGGAUGUUGAUAUGAGAAAGACCAAGUCUUGUCCCACAAUGCAUCAUAUCGAGAGCACAGCAGUAUAAACAGGCUCUCCUAUCCAUCUGUCUGUAUAGUAACGGAACUCAACACCGCGGCUCAGGCAAAUAAAUAUAAAUACACAAAAUCAAAUGUAUUCGUUUCUAUACAUUUUACAAAGAAAUUAUAUAGAUGACACCAGCUUCACAACAAAACCGGGGUAUGCUCUCAUUUGCAUGACCGAGCUCUUUUAAAAUUCUAAAAUAAAAAAGAGCCAUAUCCGUUUUUCAGAAUCACCUAUUCUUGAUGAAUCCAGGAUACCACUAUUCCUCCCCUGUCCAUCGCAGCAAACCUUGAUAAUUGGUUCUGAUACACAGCUAGUAAAAGUCUUCAGAAAGAGGCCAUAGACCCAUCUCCCCCGCCAAUACGUAGUGGUCAUUUCAUGCAUUGAGAUUCAAUGUGUAGCACAGCCUUCUAGCUAUAGGGUCAGCCUCUCCCCAUGUCUUCAGGCUGUAUAGCUACCACACUCAAUGUUAGCCAAACUUUAUAUUACACAGUUUAACUGUAAAAUGGAAACCCAUCAGUAUGGAUCGUUGUGGUGGUCUUAUCUACAUGUUCUCUGUUCUGUUUCCAGUGGUCUGUAAGCCUCGACGGUCUGGUGACUUCGUGCAACGUUUCAGUGGAUGGAAAGCUUGUAGCAUGCAGUUUGGAUGUCAAAAAUGCUGUGUGCAUCAUCGACGCAACAACAACGUCAGCAGUUACAUGUUUAAAUGGUUUGUGUUCUUUAUUAUUGUCUCUGUUUUGCUCUGAAUAGAUUGGUUGAUUCUAAUUCUAUCAGGAAACACGUUUCCCAGGACUGAGUGCUCUGCUUCCAGCUUCCAUAAGCUCAACCAAGGAGUUGAGUCAAAAAUUAAAGUCAAGGAGAGCUCAGCAUUUAACAAAUUCACAAACACAGACACAGUUUUGCACAGUUAAAGCAGCUCUGUCACAUCUCAGGUCUUUACAUAUUUUGGAAAGGCAUCCAAUGGUAACAUCGCCGCUUGGUGUGCUGUGGCCUGGGGAUGCAGAGGCAAGAUAUACUUCACUUACAUGAUGCUGUUACCCACGGUGCCACUAUUUUCUUUCUCAAGCUUACUGUCACUUCAUCUGCUAGAAACCCACAUAAGUGCUUCACUCUCAGAGGGAUCGAGGAAGCCACCAAAGAUAUUGUCUCGUAAUAAGCAAGUCAAUGUCUUUUUCCCAGAGCUGUCACUAGCGACGGCUAUGGGAAGUGACUAAACUUGCCUUUUGUCAAGUUUUGUCAAGUGGAUUAAAAAUACAUAAGAUAAAAUAGUUUUUACUUUGCCUUAUGCAUUUUAGGAAUAAAAGAUUUAAAACAAAGAAGUGAAGAUUGUUUUAGGAGUAGGAACAAAUUGAAGAAAGGUAAGUUAAGUGUGACAGAUCUGCUUUAAGAAUAAAGCUGCCUGCACUGCAGUUGAUGUAUGACUACAAUACCUAUCAGCCUAUGCUCGCUACAUGGGUAGUAAUUCAACAGGGGGAGAGUCUUCUUGCAUCAUCAAAUCAUGUUUCACGUUUUAUAAGUCAAGCUGGAGCAAGAGCCAAUCAUAUUUCAUCACUGCAUUCCAACUUGUGCCAUUGACCAAGAGUGGGUAGCAGACAGCUUGAUGUCAUUUAUGCUGUGAUAGAAGCACAAUGUGAUCUUUGGAAAUAAAAAGACAUCUAAAUAGCAUUUAUAGUAAUAUGGGACCUUAAUAUGGCUAUGCUUCCCAUUACUGUCCCUUUAAUUAAAUCACCUUACACAAUAUCAUUCAUAGUGGCCCUGGGUAAUGAAUUGCAUUUCCAAUAAGAGUUUGUUAAUCCAAUAUACUACUCAGUAUAAAAGUUCUAAUAACAUUGAAACAGGCUGAGUUUCAAAAAUUGCUAUACACCAUAAUUCAUGACUAAAUGUAUUACUCCCCGAGGAAAUUACAACUGACAUCAGCAUAGAGAAGAAUGUAAUGUACGUUCUAGAAAUAAAUUCAGCAAACAAUGCCGGUGAAUAAUAUUUAUUAUAUGGUAAUCAUAAUUUAACUUGGUCUGAGGUGCUAAUGUUUCACUUUUAUGUUAAAGACAAGGAAAUCAUAUUUCUGAAUUGUUAGAAUAUAGCACGUCGUUUAGCAACAAAAAAACCACAAUCUCUACAUAAUGUGGCCAAGUAGGAUUUUUCCCAAGUUUAUUGUAGUUUGAGAUAGAUUUUAACUCAUCGAUGAUCAAGUGGUGAGCAAUACAAAUUGUAACUUCAGAAGACUUUGGGGUUUUAUUCACUAAACACCAAAUGGCGGUGAAUUUAAAUAUCUCAUCAAAGAAAGGUCGAUUUGGAAAAACUCACUCCGACCCAUCUAUAGUAACACCUUGGCUAUUUAAGCCUCAUUUUUGCAACUGGGUUUUAAAUUCACUAGAAUUUAGUGCUUAGUGGUUAAACUCUAAUAUAACACAAAUCUUGGCACUAUUCGUGCUCUUACAGAUGAUAACGUCACACAUUUUGACUUCAAAGGCUUGAUGGCACAUAUUUUGUUCUUAAAAGUUUAAUAUCAUAGUGUUCAUUUGAAAUACUUGAUAAUACAAUUUACCCCUGAAUGGAUAUAUACACAGAUUUUGCCACUAAAAGGUUUAUUUCCACAUCUCUUGCCUUCAGAUGGGUAAAUGGACAUUACAGGCUUAAAGAUGAAUUAAUUCCAAUGUAUCGGCCUUUUCGCAGUGUCCUGGCGCUAAACACACCUCUAGUGGUUGUUACACUGACAGCCACUAGAUGGUGCUUCCGCUGUGAGAGCUAAGUCAGACUCAGUUCUUGACAUUUGUCAUCCUUGCACAUUGCAUUAGGACGUCAAACGUUCAAUCAAUGCUUCGUAGAGAAGCAUUGGAUUCAAGCAUUUGAUUGGAGGAGUGCGGUGCUUGAUGCUUGUGUGUUUCUUGUCUACAAUGCUUCGCUAUGAAAUACAUUUGUUUGGACAACAUGUUGAAGAGGAGCCAGUAGGCACAAAGACAAGACAGGAGGUGGAAUGGGUGCUGCAAUGACUGAGUUUUGGCGCAAGUUCUAUGGUAUUAAAAAUAAUACUUUUUAAAAAAUUGAAUUGCAGUGACCCCCCCAGCCAACCCCCUUCUUUUUUUUUUUUUUAUCUGCUAAUAAAGGACUAAAGAAGGUUCAAUUAUUAAGACUUUACUAGUGGUGUUUAAAAAAAAAAAUUUUUUUAAAGAGUUUUGUCCUUAAAGAUCCUGUAAAAAGGCUUAAUACUCACACUCUUGUUCUCAAAAUAAUAUCUAGGGUCAGACCUUCAAAAGGAUUAUGCUUCCAUUUUUGUCUUCAUACAAUUAAAAGGCCCCUGAAGGGUUAAUGUCACAGGUCUCAGCAAGGCCUCCACAAACUGUAACGCUUCUCCCUGUUUCAGGUCACCAUUCCAGCACCGUAACCAGGUGUCAGUUCGAUCCAGAGACUCAGAGGGUGUGCUCAGUGUCUUCAGAUGGCGCCAUAAAGCUUUGGGACAUGGUGGCACAACGUACAGUCAUCACAAUCAACCAGUAAGGAGCUUGAUGGAAAUCAGGGGUCAAGCUUACAAAGAUACUAUGCAGUAGCUGCGCCAAUUUGAUUACAAAAAGAUGCAAAAUAAUUACAUAAAAUAAAUAAAAUCCAUUCCUUUAAAGUUUAAAAAAUGCAGCAUUUCUACAGGCAGGGUCUACGGAUGGCAGAUUCCUCCCAAACCAGGAAGAGUCUCCACCAAUCAGGAGCCUCUCAUUCAGUUAUAGUUCGUAGAUAUAUAGUGUAUUCACCAUUCAGUGUUCAAGGAGAUACUAAUCAUCAGAGAAUUUAUAAGAGCUUCUUACAUCUGAAAAGUUACAAGAUUUCUCCCUGUGCCCUACGUUAGGAAGAAUAACUGGUCUAUGCAAAGUGAAACAAAAUAAGUUUGUUCUAUUUAAAUAACAAUUGUUCAUUCCCAAAUUAUUGUUUUUUGCAAUUUUAUUGUAGAGCACAUUCUAAUGUCAUCUCGGACUGUGACUUCAGUUUAAAUGGUCGCUUCUUGUGCACGGCUUCCUGGGACAAAAGCUUGAAACUUUGGGAUAUUAAUACUGGGGAGUUUCGUCACCGAGGGCCAAAUAUACUUCAAGGAGUUCACAAUGGAUGUAUCAGCGCCUGUGAAUUUUCUAAAGAUUGUAAGUAUUCUCAUUUGUUAGAUUUCCACUGCACAGUGACAUCAAGAUGUGAUAUGACAUACUGGUUCUAGAGGAAUCCAUCUUGCUUGGCUCAAGCUGUAGAGUAAAAGUACCCAAAAAGGGAGACCCCCAGAUAUUUUAGAACUACAAUCUCCAUGAUGCUUUGUCAUUGUAAAGGUUGGCAAAGCAUCAUGGGAGAUGAAGUCCUAAAAUAUCUGGGGAUCUACGACAUGAUUAGACUUCCCUCUAAUGCUGCCUUCCAAACAUUUUUCACAUAAAGCAUAUUAUUAUUGUUUUCAUCUAAUGAAACGUUAGUUUUAGUUUCCCUCAAUGUAGUUCAUCAAAGAAAUUUACUGAUAAAAGAAAGGUGACUGACAAAAAUGUAUACCGGCAGCCAAUCAGGACAGGUAUGUUUGAGAUUUAAGCUGAUUAGCGCACCAGUAACAAGUAGAGAAUGAAAUAUUUAUUAUUUUCCAGCAUCCAUUCUCGUGUCUGGUGGAUAUGACAAGACUAUAGCAUUAUGGGAUGUAGAUGCAGCAAGGAAAAAGCUUGUCUUAAAGGUAUUGUAAUUUGCAUACUAUAUAUGGGAGAAACAUGAAUAUGUCAUAUAUGUUCUUAAUUGCAGACACUGAUUUUUGAUUUUUUUUUUUUUUUUAAAUGUCUCUGCUGUUUUAUUCAUGUCAUCAAGUUAUAUUCUCAUAGGGUGUGUGUUGGAGGGAUGUAUAUUAUGUCCAUUGUAUGCAGCGAACUAUAUUACCAGAUUAUUUCUUAUUAUUUAAUAAUAUUUAGUAAUAUUUCUAUAGGGCCACGAAGACUGGAUACUGGACGUAACGCUAAGCUCAAAUAAGCAAUGGAUCCUCUCCUCAUCAAAGGUUGCAUAUCUUUAUUUUCUUUUUAAUUAAGAGUUAACAACUCUAUCCAUUUCAUAUGUAUGAAUAAUACCGGGCAAAUGACAGGAUUAGAGUCAGUCUAAUACAGCACAAUUAAUUGUUUUUCUCUGUAAGAUUUAAAAAAACAAUCCUUAAAGAGGAACUGUCACUUUUGGCAGUCUUUGCAUAUUUUUGCAAGGACCCCCAAAGUUGACAUCUCCAUUUAGGAUCCAGUGGCCGCCAGGAUGCAGUGAAAGGUAGGUGUAUUUAUCUGAAGUUCCUCAUGACAACCACCAUCUUCUUCCUGGUGACCAACUUCAGCUCCUGGUACUCUCGCGAAUUCUUGAGGGUUAUGUGGUCUAUAGAGGAUCCUGCAAAACGGCGGGAGACUCUAUAGAUCAUGUUUCAUGAUAAACAAGGUGAUGCCUGAAUCUCACAGCCUCCACUUGUGAUGGCUGCUAGGUUUGGAAACAAAAUGGCGGCAGAGAUCUUGGAAUCUGGAUAAUUAUUUCAUGAAGAGUAUAUAUUUAUGAAGUACUUAGAAGUGACAGAGUUGCUUUAAAGCUGCUGUCUGCCUUGUAGCACACUGCAAAGUGUAGUAGACACUUAAAUCUCACCUGAACAUAGAUUAGCUUUUCUGUACCUUUUCCUUAGAUUCCUUUAUCCAUUUGCAGCACGGACCUCUAUAACUCUCUCGCAUCGAGGCCAACAAGCCGUCACAUGCGGAGUGGAGGAAACUGGUUAGUAAGAAGUUGAAAAAUUAACUGGAUGAUCCAGUCGACCUAUGACAGUUCCAGCUCACUGGGCACUUGUCCGUUUGCUCAAAGGCCAGUCUGGGCUUGCCAUGCUACCAUUGUCUCUUUAACUUUGUUAAAUCAUGAAUUAAAAAAAAAAAAUAUGCAUUUCGAGCAUUAUUUUAAAAUAGUACUUUUAGGACAAGAUAAAACAAAGAGCAUAAUUUUUACAAAUGUAUUUGUACAGGAUGCCACUUUAAGAAUGUGGGAUAUCCAGAAUCAUGAACAAAUUCCUGCCGUUAUUGAAAACAAGAAAUCAAUAGGCCCCCGCAUGGCACAGGUCUGUAUUUCAUGGAGUCUUUGUAAACUAGCCCAAUGGACUGAUUAUGGUAUGGUUUUUAAUUAAGCAAUGAUGUACUCACAAAAAAACCCCAAAAAACAGUAAGGAACCUUCUCUGUUAUUAAGAGAGUAGUGCGCAGACAGGCAGGCACGCACGCACGCACACAGACAUACACACAAAUAUAAACAAUUCUACUGUGAAAUCUUACAAACUACCUAAAAUCAGCUGAUUUCAGUUCAAAAUAUGGAUGUUUACACCAUAUGUCCACAUUGUCUUUGAGCCAAACACUGCAACAAAGUACCCCAAUAUUAAUAAGUCCUACACUAGUUUCACUUGGCUAUUUAAUAAAGUGUGAAUUAUUGGGAAUUUAACAUGAAUUUUAAGUUAUAGGCCAAAUAACUGAAUUGGAAAAAUUCUCCAAAUCAAUUAUGUUUAGUGGAUUGACGCCUGCUUAAAUUGUUUUAAGAGGCUCUGCUCAACUGUAUGCAUUGGUGUGAUCACUUCUAAUAGGGCCCCCGUGAGUGGAGGAAUGUUUACCCCAAGAAAUCUGGGACCAAGACUCCAAAUAUUGACUAUAAUGAUAGCAGGUUUACUGACCAGAGUGCAUAAACAUACCCACAUGAGGCGUAGAUGUUCCCCUGUGCCCUUACAUUGUCUUUUUCUCUCUAUAUCAGUGUGAACAAUGUGAAAAGCCGUUUGCCAUCAUGCACUGGGAUGACUCCAAAUUGACAACCUGUGUUUUCUGUCGCCGUGCACGUUCAGCCACUUCCAAAAAUGCAUUUCCCUUACCACCUGUACCUACCAUUUAA